GAAAAGGUAAAGGUGGAGAAAAGGGAUGCACGUGUUGUUCUGAUGCUUUUAGGGGUUUCUUUUUCGCGAGGGGCCGAGGGAAAGCGCAUAAACAUGACUGCAUGAGACCAGUCUUCGAUAGAAUAAAAUUCUCCGGAGACGGAGACGCAAUGGAUUACGGCGUUACCGCGUGCAGGCGGUAGUGCUCGUAAGCCGGGGGGUGCUCGAAGCAUCUACGCGGGAGAGAAGAUUCUAUUUAUCGCCGAUCCCGCGCUUUCUCCUUCGGCUCUCCCCCGUCCGUCGUCCCCGUCUCGUCCGCCGUCCGUGAGAAUCGUGCGUCGCUUAUGAUGGAUAUAUUUUCGAAUGGAUUGCUCGUGCCGAAUGGAUUGUCGAUCAACAAUGUGGAGAUAGCCUCCUAUCAUUCGUCCUUUUGCUCGCCACCGAUCACAGAAGCAUCUCGAUCUGGUUACGAUUCUAGCAGCGGUGGAGAGUCCGACAACGAGUACAGUACAGUUAGCCAAGGCAGUCAAGUACAAAGCCAAGCGCAAAAUCAACUUCCCAGUGUCACAAAUUAUGGGCAAGGAAAACACAUAAAUAAAGGACGAUGGACCAAAGACGAAGACGCUUUAUUGAAACAACUAGUAAGCAACGCAGAACAACAGGUUUUGCGAUGGGACAUUAUAGCCGGCCAGUUUCCAGAUAGGAGCGAUGUACAAUGUCAACAGAGAUGGGCGAAGGUCGUGAACCCGGAACUGGUGAAGGGUCCAUGGACGAAGGAGGAAGAUGAAAAAGUAGUAGAACUUGUACGGAAAUAUGGUCCGAAAAAGUGGACGGUGAUAGCGCGACAUCUUAAAGGUCGGAUUGGCAAACAGUGCCGAGAACGAUGGCACAAUCACUUGAAUCCGGAGAUAAAGAAAACUGCGUGGACAGAGGUUGAAGACAAAAUAAUCGUUGAUGCCCAUCGUAGAGUCGGCAAUCAAUGGGCAAAAAUCGCUAAGCUUUUACCGGGUAGAACUGACAAUGCGAUUAAAAAUCAUUGGAAUAGUACAAUGAGAAGGAAAUAUGAAGGUGAAGAAGGAAGAAUUGCGAUCAAAGGUAUUGUUUACGAUGGCAGAGGCAAGAGAAAAAAUACACAGAGUGCUACUACUGUAAAGGAUACGCUUCUUCUGGAAGAUGAUCAGAAUCGGAUGAAAACUGCCUCGGCUACUAGUUCGACAGUAACGGCGGGUAACUCCUCGCAGAGUCUCGAUCUCGAGCAUCUGGGUUGGAUUAAAAGUUGGGAACAACAUGCUACGGCGGAAUACCAGAAUGCUCUGGAAUUAAACAGGCAUACACAUGGCAAUGAAAAGUGCGCGUCUCCGUUGAAGAGGGGAUCUUCACGAGCGAAAGCCGAGACAGUUUCGUCAUUAUCUAAAUAUUUCAACUUGCAACAAAUACAAAACGAAACAUCUGGUUCGAAGAGCUCGGAGAUAAAACUGAUGCCGAUGCCCGACUUGGAGGAUAUACCCGAGCAGCAUGUAGAGAAGAAGAGUAGCCCUCCGCCUAUAUUACGUAGACGUAGAAACGCGCACAGUUCGCUGCAGAGGAUAGACGUUUCCGACAGCGGAAAUCAGUCGAAUUACAUCAUAACGAGCCAACAGGUGCAAACAGGAAACAUCACCCCUUCGACUCCCAUCAAGCAACUUCCAUUCAGUCCUUCGCAAUUCCUGAACAGUCUGAGUCCGUCGGAGACGUGGCCACGCGCAAGUACACCCAAAGGAAGCAGUCCUGGCCCGCUCACGACUCCGCAGCCUACUGGUUUCCGAAGAAGUCAAAACGACGGUAACACACCAAGAACACCAACCCCAUUUAAAAACGCCUUAGCUGAGCUCGAGCGACGAACCGGAGCGGUACAGUUGCCCGCGACUCCUAGUCGUCUAGAUGCAUUGACCGAGAUAAUAAAGCAAGAGACCGAGAACGAGGCUGGAACGAGUACGAUUCAGGACCAAGAUUCGGGCUACAACAGUAUGAUACGAAGGCGCGGUAAAGAAAACAGUGCACCAGGAGGAAAACGUGCGAGGAAGGCCCUUUCUCAAGCUUGGGCAUCUCAGGACAACUCCGAAAUUAGUUUCCUUGUGGAAACACCAAGUAAAAGUUUGGAAGCUUCUACAUUGUUCUCACCUGCAUCUAUGGCGCUAGAAGAUAGCUUUUUGACGGCAGGAACCAGUCCCACAAAGACUCCUCACGACUUUACGUCCGUACAACAACGGAAGCCGAAUGCUAAGAGAGCAAUCACGUUUGACGCAUUCGACAGUCCUUAUUGUAUCUUCAGCCCUCUGCCUUCCAGGCCGGUAAAACGCACCAAGGCACAGUUGGAAGCACAAUGGAUAACGGUGGCGUGUGGUCGUACCCGGGACCAGCUUGACAUGACUCGCGCCGCUCGACGCUUUCUAAACAAUCAUGGAUAUCUGCCGUUGCGCCCACGUUCUUUGAAUUUCUGAAGAAAAAAAAGGAAAAGGAAUGUGAAAAGUGGAAUACCGGCGCUCGGUCGCACUUUGUGGUACAAAAGAAGAAUUGUCAUUAAACUAGUCGUAGAUGAAGAUGUAAGGCCGUUCCGUUUCAGGAAUGCACGAUCACUAUCGGUUAUUUCACGCGCUAUGAAUUCGAGAGGUAAAUUAAGCGACGAAUUCGAUCGGUUGACCUCGAUGUGCGUGGAUCAACUCUACACUGCGCUGGGUAACAAAGAGGGACUUUGAAGAAAACAUAACGGAAAUAAAUAUUAUUCUUUCGGGCAGGUUCUGGAUGGUGACUGAAUCAGGUGUGGAUCUAAUGGAAAUGGAUACUUUCCUCUCUAUCUCUCGAAUAUUCUUUUUUUAAAAUAAAAUUUGCGUUUCCAACCACGUAUUCGUUUCGACAAAAAAGUAUACUGAAUGAAUUCACGAUUUAUUUUCGGAAUUAGAGGGCGCUAGAAAAAGUAAAUCAUUUUGCCUCUUCUUGUGAAAAAAUUAUGUACAUAACAACAUAUGAGGUAGAGCGAAGAAGUAGCUGUUUCACGAUUUGCAAAAUAUAAACAUUAUGUCGCUUUGUAAGAUUGUUCUAUAUUUUGUGGUUGC